CUACCAAGAUCCAGUGAGGAAAUGGACGCACCUGAUUGGCUAAUGAUAAGGUACUAAUUUUGUUGCGGAUUUUGUGCUUGUGUGUGUCGUGUGUGUGUGUGUGUGUUGUGGGCACGUGGGUGGAGUGGAGUCAGGAGUGUUGAUUAGACGAAACUCAUGUAAAAUUUGAAGUAAUGAAUAGUUUUCUGUUAGUAAAAAGAAAUCAAUUUUGAAUUUCUCAGUUCUCUUCGUCGAAAUAAGUAGAAAAAUUCUUAAAGCAUGAGUUCCAAAGUCAACUCAAAAGCACCUUGCCCAGUUCAUCACAGAAGUAAAUAUUACGAUGUCAUGGUGAAAGUGGGUACCGAUGUUUAUUACUUGGAUAAAUUUCAACUGGCCUCGAAAUCGGACUACUUCGAGAAAUUAUUAAUCGAGUAUUCUGACCAACAAGAAUGCAUUUCGAUAGAACUAUCAGUAAUGGAUACCAAAACAUUCUCUACCAUAGCUGACAUAAUAUACGGGCAGUCUUUGAAGUCUGUCUUAGACAAAUUUAAUUACGUUGAUUUAAUCAUGGCUAUGGAUUACUUACAAAUGGAAAUAGAUCUGCAAACCUGCAAAAAAUUCAUCAAGUUCUUGAACUUGAACGAUAAAAUAUUCAAAUUAUACAACUUCGUUCGAGAUAAUCCGAAUCUACAAUGUUUGUUACCGUCAGUUUUUGAUUAUAUAUCUAAUCAUUUGGCAGAUAUGCGAAAUAACAAAGAGUUCUCAUCUUUACCAUUUGACCACAUUAUGCGGAUAAUUUUAACCAAAACCAUCUGGUCAGGUAACUCUAAGACUACGAAAAGCGAUGUGCUUAAAGUUUGCCAAGUUUGCUCGGAAUGGAUUUGCGCCGAUUUGGAGAAUAGACUUCCUCAUGUAGCAAAGCUAGUCAAUGCCGUUAAACGAAGAUUACGGUACAUGAAUGGAGUGAAGGAUGAUGAUUGUAAUACGAUGUUGUCCGAAAUCACCGAGAAAAUAAAUCCCGAAGUGAUGGCGAAGAUAUUCUAUAAAUUGCUGAUGUGCAAUGGAGACAUAAAUCGAGUUCAUGAUCUCAGUCUACCGGAAGAUAGAAAAAGAAAACGAUCAACCAGUCCUAAAGCAAAUCAACGAAAAAAGUUGGCAAAACUUAUAGAAAAUAAUUAUUUCUACGAUAUCGUUGUCAAUGUUGGAGAAAAAACCUAUAAACUUCAUCGAUUUAAAUUGAAUUCAGCGUCCGGCUACUUCGCUAAAAAAAUUUCCACCAAGAAGUCCAACUCCUCGGACGUUCAAUGCGCAGAAGUAUCGACCCAGCAAUCAAAUAAAAUUGAGACUUACUCGCUUCAAGAUGUUGAUCAGACCACAUUCGACAUGAUCGUCGAAUAUUUAUAUUACGAUGAAUUGCGAUUAACAUCCGAAACCAUAACUCGUGUACUGAGAGCUGCCAAAUUUUUGAAAAUGAAAAAAGUAUUUAACACGUGUAUAUCUUGGAUGAAGACUCAUAUCGACGAAGUUUGUGCGAACGUUUUAAUCAUUGAUAACUGUAUGUCUACGUCGUGGAUCGUAGACAAUAUUGAAGAAAUUGUUUCAAGAUUUCUAACCAUACCCGAAACAGACGAUACAUUGGUUAUCUGUUUAAUUACUUUCGAAAUGUUGGAAGAUUUACUUUUGUCUUCGACGCAUUGCUGCGAUAAUCCGCAUCAAAUUGUAGACGCAUGUUCGAAAUGGAUUUUCCACGAUGUAAAAAAUCGAUAUCAUCUGAUACCAGAAAUCGCCCUUGCAAUUAAUCGCAAUCGCAAUUGCUAUAAAAUCGAAGCUUCUACGGAUUUAAUCAACUGUUCAUCGGAGCAAUUGAUUCGAGACGAAUUAUGGAAGAUAUUACGUUGUACUUCGUUGAUACCUUCGGCUUCCACUGAUAAAAUGCCGAAGGUUGUUAAAAAGAAAUGGAAAGAAGUCCCCGUGUUUGUUGCAUUGUCCAAAAAUUUGACAACAAUUCACGUUUCGAACGCUGAUUUAGAAGAAAUCGACUCAUUGUGUCUUUCUGAGCUUUUGGAACUUGGAAUUCGUCGGUCCGAUGGCAUUUCUGUAGCCGCGACUUUAUUGGAUGAUAAUUUAUUCAUCGCGUUGUUUUCAUCGUUUUCUCUGAAUCGUGAUCUUCUUUGGUUCAGUGCAUAUAAUUUAUCUUCGAAAAAAUUCAUCUCUUUGAAUAACUGUCUACAAUUGGAAGAAAGAAAUAAUUGUUAUCAUAGUACGAAUACGAGCUGGCUGUUUAAUUGUCGCGGCCAAGUUUACUGUUGUUUCAAACGGGGCAAUGUAUUGAAGUAUUCGAUCGAAUUGAAUCGUUGGAUGAAAUUUUCGGAAAAGCCGGUAUUUCCUGAUGAGAGCCCGAAAGAUGAUAGGAAUGAUGUAUGGUUUACAAGUGAUGGAAAUACGUUGUACAGGUUGUAUGCUAACUUUAUUCCCGAGGUGCAGAAUCCGUCUGUGUUCAAUACUAUUUUAAGAUACGUUGUGGAAGAAUUCGAUUUUCAACAAAACGUAUGGUUGUCUUUGUCAGACAUGUCAUUUACACGAGGGUGUUACAUGGUGAAAAAUUUUACCAUCGUUAGAGGUGGCCAACUUACUGUGAUGUUAACAUCAUGCUUCAUGUUAUUUUACCGGAAUUCAAGUAGUUGGCGCGAGUUUCCUCUGGCGAACAAUUUUCUCGCUCAUGAAAUUUAUAGGAAAUCUUUCCUGUUGAUUCAGUGUGAAGAUAGACUCUUACAUAUGGCCGAAAACAAACUCUAUCAAUGGUCUCGAAGAAAUCAAAACUGGCAAGUGAAAAAAGAACUACCGGUUUGUGCAGAUGAUAAGAGCCCAUAUGAGUGCAUUACUGCCGUUCAUAAGCCCAAUGUUCGUACAGAUUAAUGUAAUGCGUCGAGUAAUAUUGUCUAUUUAAUUAUUAUUUUUUCUUAUUAAUAAUUGUGAAAAGACUGAUGUUAUUAAAAUUAAUUAUUCUGCAU